GCUCCUCCUUCCACGCCCCCCUAACGCUGUAGGUGGGGAGGGUGUCCUUAGUCCCGAGCCGGUGGUCCAGAUCUGGAGGCCAGUGCUGGAAGCGCCGGGGCACCCACGUCUGGUGCCUGUCCCGAGCCUGCUUCAGUCUGCCUUUGUGGGAAACUGAGACAGGCUCCCUCCCUCUGCCCCGACCCGCCCGACUGGGACCAAUGCACCCCUCUCGGGGGCCUCCCUUUACCAGCUGCCCGCCCGCCGUCAUCAUGCCGUCUCUGUUGCUCCUGCUGCCCCUGCGCCUAUGCCGGCUGUGGCCUCGCAGCCCUCCCACCCGGCUUCUCACAGCCAACACAGGGCAGCGGUCUACUUCUACUAAUUACUAUGAACUGUUGGGGGUGCAUCCUGGUGCCAGCGCUGAAGAGGUUAAACGUGCUUUCUUCACCAAGUCAAAAGAGCUGCACCCUGACCGAGACCCUGGGAACCCAGCCCUGCAUAGCCGCUUUGUGGAGCUGAAUGAGGCCUACCGAGUGCUCAGCCGUGAGGACAGUCGUCGCAACUAUGACCAACAGCUGCAUUCAACCAGUCCCCCCAAAUCUUCAGGGACCAGAGCCCAGCCUAAGUAUACCCAGGAGACACACAGCUCCUGGGAACCCCCAAACGCACAAUACUGGGCCCAGUUUCACAAUGUAAGGCCACAGGGGCCUGAGUCAAGGCGGCAGCAGAACAAACACAACCAGCGGGUCCUGGGGUACUGCCUCCUGCUCAUGGUGGCAGGCAUGGGCCUGCACUAUAUCGCUUUCAGGAAGCUGGAGCAGGUGCACCGGAGCUUCAUGGAUGAGAAGGAUCGGAUCAUCACAGCCAUUUACAACGACACGAGGGCGAGGGCCAGGGCCAACAGAGCCAGGAUUCAGCAGGAGCGCCAGCGGAGGCAGCAGCGUCGGAAAGGAUCCUCCCUGCCCACAGAAGGCCCUGGGAUCGUGCCCCAGGACAGUAGCCCUUGAGGGGCUCACUUAGAUGGGACCUGCAUUGGUCCUCUCCUUGCUGCCUAUCCAGGACUACAGAUUUCCUACAGCACGUGCAAUAAACUCAUUUUCAGACUCUU